AUGGGCUGGCUGCUUGAAGCCAUCCUCAUCCUCGGGGAAGUGCUGGUGCCGGAGCAGCAGCCUCUCCUGUUAGAGGCACUCUCUGGAGUUGCUGAGCUCCGCAGGCUCUGGUUACCCAUUAGGGACCUGAAGAACAACCUGAUCAGCACGGUCCAGCCGGGCGCCUUCCUUGGCCUCCCUGAGCUGAAGCGUCUGGACCUCUCCAACAACCGCAUCGGCUGGUCCCCGGUCCCCUCCACGACGCCUUUCCUGUUCCGCAGGAACAUGUCCGGGAACAUUUUCUCCAGCCUCCCGCCCGGCGUCUUCGACGAGCUCCCCUCCCUGAAAGUCGUAGCCAGCUCCGCUGCGGUGAGCCGGGGCCGGGGCGGGGGCGGCGGCGGCGGGCAGGGGCACGGGCUCACCCGGCCGGCUGUGUCCCCCACAGCGGGCACCCCAGAGCUGCACACCCACCACCUCAUCCCGUCGCUGCGCCAGGUGGUUUUCCAGGGCGACCGGCUGCCCUUCCAGUGCACCGCCACCUACCUGGACAACAGCACCCAGAUCCGAUGGUACCACAACCGCGAGCCAGUGGAGGAGGACGAGCGGAUGGGCGUCAUCGUGGAGGAGAGCCUCAUCCAUGACUGCACCUUCAUCACCAGCGAGCUCAUCCUCUCCAACAUCCACGUCUCCGCCAACGGCGAGUGGGAGUGCGCUGUCUCCACCUCCCAGGGCAAUGUCAGCAAGAAGGUGGAGAUUGUGGUGCUGGAGACCUCCGCGUCCUACUGCCCUGCCGAGCGGGUCACCAACAAUCGUGGGGACUUCAGGGUGGGGGGCUCGCCACAGGUGACCAGGCGUCUGAUGCCCAUCAACGCCUCCAACGCCCUGACCCUGGCUCACCAGCUCCGUGUCUACACGGCCGAGGCGGCCAACUUCUCGGACAUGGUUGAUGUCCUCUACGUGGCCCAGAUGAUAGAGAAGUUUAUUGGCUACGUGGACCAGAUCAAGCAGCUGACGGACGUGAUCGUGGAGAUGGCCAGCAACAUCAUGCUGGUGGAUGACCACAUCCUGUGGAUGUCGCAGAAGGAGGAGAAGGCUUGCACCAGCAUCGUCCGCUCCCUGGAGAAGAUCGCCGCCCACACACUCAGCAGCAACUCCCAGCACAUGGCGGUGAACUCACGCAACAUCGCCUUCGAGGCAUACGUGGUGAAGCCCGAGAGCUACGUGGGGCUGAGCUGCGUGGCUUUCCAGCGGCGGGACGGGAGUCCAGCCGGGCGUCCCCCCCCGGCUGAGCGGGGGGCCGAGCCCGUGCCCGACCAGCAGCUGAGGCUGCGCUGCACCACGGGGCGCCCCAACGUCUCCCUGACCAGCUUCCACAUCAAGAACAGCAUCGCCCUGGCCUCCAUCCAGCUGCCGCCCAGCCUCUUCGCCAGCCCCGUCCCGGCCGCGCCGCUGGCCGACUGCAAGCUCCAGCUGCUGCGCCGCGCCGUGCUGGUCUUCCGCAACGGCAAGCUCUUCUGCAGCACGGGCAACUCCUCCCGCCUGGCUGACAAUGGCAAGCGCCGCAGCGUGGCCACGCCGGUCAUCUACGCUGGGACCUAUGGCUGCGGAGUGGGAAACCUGUCGGAGCCGGUGGCCGUGUCGCUGCGGCACCCUGGGGAGGGCGCAGACCCGGUGGCCGCGUACUGGAACUUCGAGGUGCUGGGAGGUAUGGGGGGCUGGAGCGCCGAGGGCUGCCAGUUGGCCGCCCAGGAGCCCAAUGUCACCUCCCUGCGCGCGGGGUCUGACGGGCUGUGCUCUGCUGUGCAGGAGCUGAGCGGUUUCCCCAGCGAGGCACGAGGCGCCGUGGAGGUGCUGCACCCGGCCAUGUACACCUGCACGGCCGUGCUGCUGCUCUGCCUCUUCACCACCAUCAUCACCUACAUCGUCAACCAUGGUACCAUUCUCAUCCCGCGGAAGGGCUGGCACAUGCUGCUUAACCUCUGCUUCCACAUCGCCAUGACGGCCGCUGUCUUCGCGGGAGGCAUCACCCUCACCGGCUACCUGAUCGUCUGCCAAGCGGUCGGCAUCAUCUUGCACUACUCCUCCCUCUCCACCCUGCUGUGGAUGGCGGUGAAAGCCAGAGUGCUCUACAAGGAGGUGACCUGGAAGGCACCGCGGCAGCUGGAUGGGGACGCGUCCCAACCGGCCCCCAGACCCAUGCUACGGUUCUAUCUGAUCGCUGGCGGGAUCCCCCUCAUCAUCUGCGGGAUCACAGCAGCCGUCAACAUCCACAACUACCAUGACAACAACCCCUACUGCUGGCUGGUGUGGCGGCCCAGCCUGGGGGCUUUCUACGUCCCCGUGGCUUUCAUCUUGCUUGUCACCUGGAUUUACUUCCUCUGCGCUGGGCUCAGCCUCCAGUGCCGACCGUCACACCAGAAAGACGUCCCUGAGCCGCUGGAGCCACCGCCGCGGCUGGGGGGUGCAGGCGACCUCCUGACGGACUCUGGGUCCAUCUCGGUCACGCUGAACUCAGGGCCGCCCUGCCCCGAGGCGGACGGCGUCUACUCUCUGCAGGUGCAAUUCUGGGCGCUGGUGACCACCCACACCUUGUACAUCGCCCUGUGGACAUUUGGUGCCAUGGCCGUGUCCCAGCGCUGGUACCUGAACAUCAUCUUCAGCUGCCUCUAUGGCAUCACCGCCGUGGCACUGGGACUCUUCAUCUUCAUCCACCACUGCGUCCGGCGCCAGGACGUCCUCAACUCCUGGUUCUCCUGCUGCCCCUCCUACAGGAACGCACUGCCCAUGCAGGCGUACGUCCAUCCCGGGCUGGCACCGGAGGACGGCUCGCAGGUCUUCAUCGGCUGUGACCCGGAGGUGGCUCGCUCUGGCGCCUCCUCCUCCUCCUCGCCCAGCAGCGCCGGCUCGGCGGGAGGCCGCUGCAAGCUCACCAAUCUGCAGGUAGCCCAGAGCCAGGCAGACGCGCCCGGCCGCCUGCCUGGAGCCCCCACCGAUGGCAAGACCGCCAGCAGGCACGCCAGCAACCUCCACGGCCGCAGGAACCACCGGGGCAGAACUAAGCAGUGCCGGGACGGGAAGCACCACCGCUUGAAAAUGCUGCGGGGCCCCUCCUCGGAGCAUCCCUCCAGCGAGAGCGGGAGCCUCCACAACAGCCACUCCGAGAGCUACCACAGCGGCAGGAACAGCCCCGUCCUCAGCAGCCGUGCAGGGCCACGGGCCCCCCAGGACGGGGAAACAGCCCCCAGCCACUCGGAAGGCAGUGAUGGCGGCCGGCGGGCGCCCGACUUCGCCGAGGCUCGCCGGAGGAGUGCCAGCAGGGACAACCUGCGGCAAGCCAACGCCGCCGAGAAGGAGGCAAAGCGCCGGUCCUACCCGCUCAACGUGGCCAGCCCUCAAGGGCAGUACGACAUCAACCUGGCCAGCCACAAGCCUCAAGGGCAGCAAGUACAGUACAGCAAGUACGACAUCAACCUGGCCAGUGCCGACAGCGUGGCUGGGAUGAAGACCGGCCUCUGGAAGAGUGAAACCACCGUGUAAAGGUGGGGAAGGACCGGACAGCCGCAGCGCCGCAGCAUUUUCCUCUGGGAGCCGCAGCUGGAGCUGCUCGGGGCGCCUGCGAGGAGGCGACGCUGCAGGAAUCGCCACAUGCACUAGUGGGGACAGACGGCGCGGCCGGGGGCUC